AUGUCCCACGGGCCGCCUCCACUCCACGAAGACCUGUUCAGCUUCGCCAACUUCGAUGUCCUCCCCGCGUUCCUGGGAGGCCACAGCCACGCCAUCCCAGUCUCAACCAGCAUGGCCGAUGCGCUCAGCACCGACGACGGCAGCAUGGCUUUUCUCGACAGCGACAUCAUCGAGAGUUUUGGUGGCGACUUGUCCAUGAGCUUGGGCUCGGCAGCGUCUGUGCUAGACGGCGACAGCGGCGGAAUGGGCAGCGACAUGAUCUCGCCAGAGGCCAUCCUCAACGCAGAGAACCAGUUCAAUCCGGUUGCCAACGACGUGCCCGGUGCGGGGCCUCUGCCAGCGGCCGCAUUCACUCCAGGAAACGCAGCGAGCCAGCCCAACAACAGCAACAACUCGCUGACCGAGUUCACCAAGCGCAAGAACUGGCCGGCAAAGGUGGUCGAGGAGCUCAGCGACCUGCUGCAGCUCCUCGAUUCCAAUGGACGCAUCAAGUUCUCGUCUCCCAGCAUCACGGCAUUGGCGGGGUACACCGUCGAGGAGGUCCAGGACGUUUUUUUAAAGGACUUGAUCCAUCCCGACGACCAGGGCGUGCUUGUCUCCGAACUCCAUGAAUCCAUCGCAACCGGCAACUCUUUACGCAUGUUCUAUCGGAUGAGGAAGAAGGACGGCACGUAUGCGAUAUUCGAGGCCGUCGGCCAUGCCCACAUUGCGGCUGCUAGGUUUGCUCCAAAUCCAAACAACCAGUCGCCUUUUUGCCAGGCUGUCUUUAUGAUGGCGCGACUAUACCCCACGAAGAACGCCACACUUCUGGAUUCGUUUUUGGAACACAAGAUAGAAAAUGAGAGGCUGAGGCGCCGCAUCGCUGAGUUGCGGAGAGAAGAAGAGGCAGAAGUGGAGGAGGCACAAAGGCAGUGGGCGCAGAGCCGAGACGGGCGGUCAGACAUCACUCCAUCCGAGGGGACCGGCAUGUCGUUGACACCACUUCCCAGAAUGGGCCAGGAGAUGAUAUCGUCAGAAAACGAUGACGGCGCUUUAACGAGGAAAAACCUAGAGGAUGCCACGUCAAAAAGUCGCCAGGACUCGUUGCGUGAUAAAAUGGCUCGGAUCGAAGCGUCCUCAGCGGAUACCAUAGCGUUGUUGACCGGCAUAGAGAAUGGAGAGCGGAUGGCUACCGGUAACCGCAGCCCUACCCUCAUCAAAGGCGAUGCCGGAAUUGCUAUUCCCAUGGAUCGGGAGAAUAGAUCAGGAGAGAAGAAGAAGAAGCUGAAGCUGGCAGAAGAAUACGUCUGCACUGAUUGCGGCACUCUCGACUCUCCAGAAUGGCGAAAGGGACCCAAUGGGCCAAAGACGCUCUGCAACGCCUGCGGGUUGCGGUGGGCGAAGAAGGAAAAGAAGCGCAACAACAGUAUCGGCACGCCAUUGUCUAAGCCAACGGCAACUCCAGCUGCAGGCUAA